GGACCAUUUCCACCCAGGCUCACUGGAUUCCAGCGCUGAUGCAGAGACAUUACUGGACUUGGCAAAACAGGCAGCAACAAUUCACAAUAAAUCUCACAUACAGGUAAUAUAUUUGCAGCGUCCCAUUACGGAGCCAUACUCCUACUUUAUAGCAACAAAAAUCUUGGAACGUAUAAAGUGGAAAACUGAGAGCAAAAAGCUUAAACCCCAAAUAAAACUUCAUAGAAAACUGGUUCCGAGGAUAACUGUAAAAGACGAGCAACGUGUGAGAGGUGUCUGUCAGAAAAAUGGCAGCACCAACACAGUCGGUGUAGAAGAAAUCAAAAAAGAGCGUGACACACCGACACAAAGUGAAAAUGACUCGAGGUUGAAAAGUGAAGCGGCUUCAGAAGUGAUGAACAGUCCAGGUGAGGUGUGUCGGGCGAUAAAGCAGGAGCCAGAAGAGGCUAAAAUAAAAGGAUCAGCUGGGGCGAAGCAAAGCUGCCACAAUGCCAACAAAGAUAAUGGUCCAGACUCUGGGAUAGAAGAUGGCAGAAAUAGCAAAGAUGUCCCAGCACAGCUGAAGAAUUACAAAGAAAUGGAAAGAAAAAGACAGCACAGUGUGUCUGAAACAUCGCAAGAGGACUCGUGUCCUACUGAGUGUGUGGGGAGAGAAAUGGGCCCUAAAAGACAGCGUCGGACCUCCAGAGAAGACUCGUGUGACAAAGCCCCAAAAAUGUCUGAUAUUAGCAUAAAGAAGGAGAACAAUGAAGAUGAAGCCUGCAAAGCGGCAAUUGACAAAGGUUUUAUCGCUCUGCUUAAAUGCUGCUGUCCUCAGCAUGAGCCGGUCUACCUCUGCGAGUCCUGCUCGUUGAAGGUCUCAGAGAAGGACAUCGUCAGCCAUCUGACUGGAUUUGACCAUCACAAGGUGCCACUGGUGGAUGUUAAUGUAAAUGAAGAAGUUUACAGUAAGGUCUCAAAACAAAGCUUUCAGUCGGCCAUAGAGACAGUCAAGGCAUUUCAAACUCAGCAGGACAUUGGGUCUACAUUCCCUUCAUCCUCAACUCCUACCUGCGUAAAACCUGUGGACACUUCAGUCGACCAACAUGAUGACAAUACAAAGGGCAGCGUGAAGGUGGUGAACAUGGUGACUGAUGCCGACCAAGAGGAGUCUGCGUUAUUUAAAGGCACUGGAAUAACUCAAGUCCUCCCUCAAUCAACUGAAGAGGGCACAAAGAGUAACAAAGCCCCCAAGCCAGCUAACAAAUCUGUCACUUGUUCAGUUACUCCCAGAAGUGGAGAAAACGUAAGUCUGUGUGUGUCAAAUGCAAGUGGCACAAAAACCACCUCCAAAGCCAGUAUUACUCCAAACACAAAGUCAACUGCAGAAUCUGCAGCGGUGUGCAGAACCGGAGCUCCAUCGAGAGUGACGGCUACUUCUUCAAACAGAAUACCUCCUCAGACUGAAUCCACAGUGGUGCGAGAGGCUACUUGCAAAACUGCACCUUCCUCCAGAAGUGAAAAGUUUCCAUCUCAUCAGUUAAAAACAAAAGCCACCCCUCAAAUGGCACCUGUGGCUAAAAAGCCCAGAACCUCAGUUAGACCUGAGAGUGUGGAGACUUCUGCAAAGACCGUACAUGUGAAGAAUUCAGUGGGGCCAAAUGCAUCACAUUGUCAUAAAAGUAACAAACCUGGCGCUCCUCAUCAGGCCACGGGCACGUCUGUCAGGCCUGAACACAAGAAGCCACCCACAGAGCCACCCCAAACCUCCAUGAGUAAUAAGACAAAGCCAAGUGAAGGCCUUCCUAAAGUAGGCUUAAAUGAGCUGAUUGUGGUAUCGUGUGAGGAGAAGCAGCAAGUCUACUGUAAGCUGUGUUCAGUGAAGCUAACCAGUUCCAGUGACUAUCACCUGAUCAGCUUAGACCACUGGAAAAAAUAUGUGAAAACGAAGUAUCCUGAUUGGACCGCAAAGCCAUCAGAGAUGGAGAGAAAACUGAAUGAGAUAGCGAUCCCCUUGACCGAGGCUGAGAGGAGUCUCGGACCUCGCAAACCACAGAUUCUGAAAGUGAAGAAGGACGUGUAUGAAAAGCUGGCUCAUCUUCCAGAAGAUGAAGCUGUCAAAUAUGUGAAGUCAAUGAAUCAGAGAAGCUUGCGGCUCUCAUCAACCUCCCCAGCUGAUUCUGCCUCUGCCAGUCCAUGCGACGUUUCAAGCUCAGAUGAUGGGAUAAAUAAAAUGUCAGAACUUUCUACUUACGAAUGUCCAGCGGUGGAGAACAAAAACCAGCACCAGGCACUGUUGAUCCAGAAAGAAGAAAUGAGCUCGAACUCAAAAGUGGAGGCGGACCUGGCUGCAUCGAAGCCAAUCGGACAGAGCACGGAAGAUGAAGACAUACAAUCUGAUGACAUGAUUCUGGACGAGCUUGAAGACGAGGAAACGGCAGAAAUUGAGGAUUUAGAAGAAGAUGUAGAGAUUCAGACUUGCACUGAAGUUAUGUCUGAAAUGCAGUGUCCUGAGCUUCAUGGCGGCACUAGAGACCACAGACCAAAGCAGCCGAAGAGUGAAGAAUUUCAGGACAACUGGACAUUGCCAGCAUGCGCACAAAAACCUUUGACUGUCAAAUUCAGCUGCUCAGAGCCACUCCCUGUAGCUGCUUCAGCUCAUCCAGAAGGGCAGAACCAGCUGAGACCAAGGCAGAAGAUGGACCACGUGUCUAGAGGCAAUCCAGUAUCAGAAGAGCACAGUGCAUCACAGGCAUUCUUAAGAACUCCAACAGAGGGAAGAAAUCAGCGCUCUAGUUCUGACAGCAAUUUGUCCAUCUUCUUGAAUACAAAGGGACUGGAUGCUGAACCAAUUGUUGGUAAGGGUUAUGUGUUGGAGUGCCGCGGGAUUGCUUUGGAAACCCUUUUCUUAUGCACGUGCUGCGAGAAGGCGCUCUCUCACCGCGACAUCUGUCAGCACAUGGUCAGCUCUGAGCACCAGCUCAAAUACAUGCGGAAAGUAUACCCUCAGUUUCUCCACAAGUUCUGGGAUGAAGACCUGCCUUUAGACAAGAAACUGGAACUCUUAAAGAAAGUUUCCUGGAAGCUCUCAGAGCGGGAGCAAGAUGAAAGUCCAAAGGUUACUACGCUGAGAAAGGAGUUGCAUGAACGUGUUCAGACGGCUCCAUUCAGUGAAGCUAUAAAAAUUUUGCAAAAUAUGCAUACGGACAAAUCAAGUAAACUGGGCCUGGCGCAGGACAACGAUGAACGCAGGGUCUUGGUACCACAGCACAACAGUCAGCAGUCGGAUGAGCGGCCAGUUCCAAAUGAGUCUCUUUCCACAGAAAUGCAAUCAGCUCAUAGAGCUGAGCGAUACCAGAGAAGUGACAAUGCUCAACUCACACAGGAGCCUCAGUUAGAGUCAACUCAAACGGUUGGCGACUUGGAUGGGUUCAAAGAAAGAGGACUCCAGAGUCCUCUCAAUCUGAGCGGCUCCAGCUCGAAGGAUGAUCCUGUUGCCUCACUGUUGCCCCAUCCUGGCUCAUGUCUCAGCCCUGAAGAGACCUGCUAUAAGCCUCCUGUGCAACCAAAGCUCACGCCACCAGUCUCUGACUAUCAGCAGCCUGCCCUCUGCUUGCAUGUGAAACAGGAAGAGGCGCACUCAGAACCAGCAUGCUCUUCGGCUGCUAAUCCUACUAUCAGCCAAACGCUGUCAGUGCCUCCCAGAGAUCAGUGUCUCCCAUCCAGGGAAAGGCCAGCUGAUACUUUGCCAUACAUAAAUGAUGUAGACUGGAGAUUGUUUAGACACCUGAUUGCUGUGGUGAGAGAAUGUAGAAUGAAAGCUUCUGUUACUGUUGAUACUUUGGACUCCUGCGCUGCCGGUUCAUCUGAAAGUGUGGAAAAUAGGUUGAAUUUGCAUACAGUGACAAAAACUCCAACUUCCUCUGGCUCAUUUAAAAGCAUGCCUCUGACAGGAAACCCUGCUAAUGCAGGCAGUGAGAACCAACGCUUCAGUCUGAGUGGAAGCUCAGAAGACACUUCAUCUUCCCUGGACCAUUUGAUGACUAGAAAUCCUUUUAAGGUUGAAGCUGCAUCUGGUGCAAGGGCUACUACCGCCACUGUUGAGCCCAAAGACCCACAGCAUCCACCAACUAUUGCUGAUCAAAGAGUCUUUGAACAUUUCAGCCCUGUUUGCUAUACAGACACCAGCCAUAACCCAGGACAGAUCCCACAGCCACAUGCUGACUCAGAGGCUGACAGCUCUGGAGUUGACCAGUUGCCCAUCAGUACCAUUGUAACCGAGAGGCUGACGCAAAGGUUUAUGGGACAUUAUACAGAACAGCCCCACACCGAGGUGAACAGCAGCCAUCAGGGCAGUUUCCCUACAACUUCUGGAGACAACCCCACUGACUUUUUGGUGCCUUCAACCGGAUACGAGUCACACAGCCAAAUGCCUUAUGUCGCAAGUUCACAUCCAGGGUACGCACCGCCUCAGGCCGUAUUAGGUUACACAACAGGAGAAAACCCUCAAGUUUAUACUGGAGCUUUAAACCCAAGUGAAGGAUACUCUGCAGCGGCAAUCUACCCGGGAAAUUUUUAUCCACAGCUCGCCAUCAGCCAUUCAAGUUUGCAGUUAUUUGGGCAAUCUGCGGUGACUCCAGGAUGGGUGAGCUUGGAUAUGUUGCACUACUACCCAUCAGUGAGGAGAUAAGUGACUGGUUUUUGGUUUUUCUACAAAAAAACAUUUGCUGUUGUGCGUUUUGACAUUUGAUUUCUCUCAAACUGUUUUUGGGAAGCCUGAGGUGCAAAUUGACACAUUCGCUGCCUUUUUCUCAGUAUUUCUGUGUUUUCACUUGCCCUCCUGUACAGCAUAUGUUCUGAUCACAUUUAAGAAGCUAGAUUUAGCCUGUUAAAACUCUUUGUUUUGUGUGUUGUUUUUUUUGCCUUGUGGUUCAUUUUGAGUAAAGCGCACAGAUUUUCUGUGCAAGUAGCAAAAAGUUAUGUUUAAAACUGUUUGUAUUCAGUAUGAAGAGUGUGACGAAAUCUCAUUUAUUUGUAGCUUGUUUUUAAUCUGAUAAUAGCAGUUUUAUAUAUAUUUGUGGGUUUUUGUUUUGUU